GGUUGUCUGAAACUUGGUUCGUUCAUUCUCUCGUUCAGGUUCUAUUUUCUUCAUCCUUGGCAAUUCAUCAAUCUGAGUCGGUUCCGUGCGAAUCACUGAUCGGAAAGAAGAAAGCGUUUUAAAAGAAUUCGAAUUAAAUUAACAAAAUUUUCAUACCCUAAUCUAAUGGGACAACACGGACACGGUGAUAAGGGCCGACCCUUCAAAAAGUUCAAGCCCUCUAACAAAUUCGAAGAUAGCAGCAAAAGAGGAUUCGAUGACGAUGACGUUUAUGGCGGCGACGAUGCACACGACGAGGAUGAUGGCAAAGUCAAAGAUUUUAGCAAAUUAGAGCUGAAACCGGAUCACCUCAAUCGUCCUCUCUGGGCCUGUGGCAAUGGCCGCAUAUUCCUUGAGACCUUCUCUCCUUUGUACAAGCAAGCUUAUGAUUUUCUUAUUGCCAUUGCCGAACCCGUUUGCAGGCCGGAGUCUAUGCAUGAAUACAACCUUACACCACACUCGCUGUAUGCUGCUGUUUCUGUUGGUCUGGAAACAGAAACUAUCAUAUCCGUUUUGAACAAGUUAUCAAAGACCAAGCUUCCCAAAGAGAUGAUUAGUUUCAUACAUGAUUCCACUGCUAAUUAUGGUAAAGUGAAGCUGGUGCUCAAGAAGAAUCGCUACUUUAUUGAAUCUCCAUUUCCUGAGGUAUUGAAGACAUUGCUUAAAGAUGAAGUCAUAUCUCGAGCAAGAAUUACUUCUGAGGGUACAAAUGGGGAUGGAUUUACAAUUAGCAAAGCAGCAGGUGAAAUUGAAGGCAGACAUGACGAGUUGCUAAAUGAAGCCGAGGUGGCAGCAGCUGCUGAAGAGAAAGAAACUCAUGCUUUUGAAAUUAAUCCUUCUCAGGUUGAAAAUGUAAAGCAACGGUGCUUGCCAAAUGCAUUAAAUUAUCCCAUGUUGGAGGAGUAUGAUUUCAGAAAUGAUACAGUGAACCCUGACCUUGACAUGGAACUAAAGCCUCAAGCACAACCACGACCUUAUCAAGAGAAGAGCCUUAGCAAAAUGUUUGGAAAUGGUAGAGCAAGAUCUGGUAUAAUAGUCCUGCCUUGUGGUGCUGGAAAGUCCCUGGUUGGUGUAUCUGCAGCUAGCCGGAUCAAGAAGAGUUGCCUUUGUUUGGCAACAAAUGCUGUCUCUGUAGAUCAGUGGGCUUUUCAGUUUAAACUAUGGUCAACUAUCCGAGAGGAAAAUAUUUGCCGUUUUACAUCUGAUAGCAAAGAGAGAUUCCGUGGUAAUGCUGGAGUUGUUGUGACAACAUAUAAUAUGGUUGCUUUUGGUGGUAAACGGUCUGAAGAAUCUGAAAAGAUCAUUGAAGAAAUAAGAAACAGAGAAUGGGGAUUACUCCUUAUGGAUGAGGUGCAUGUGGUUCCAGCCCAUAUGUUUCGAAAAGUCAUUAGUAUCACUAAAUCUCACUGCAAACUUGGGCUAACAGCUACACUUGUGAGAGAGGAUGAAAGGAUUACAGAUCUCAACUUCCUAAUUGGUCCCAAGCUGUAUGAGGCAAAUUGGUUAGACUUAGUAAAAGGUGGAUUUAUUGCAAAUGUUCAGUGUGCUGAAGUAUGGUGUCCAAUGACAAGAGAGUUUUUUGCUGAGUAUCUGAAGAAAGAGAAUUCCAAGAAGAGGCAGGCACUUUAUGUGAUGAAUCCAAAUAAGUUCAGAGCUUGUGAAUUUCUUAUAAAUUACCAUGAAAGGGCACGUGGUGAUAAAAUUAUUGUCUUUGCUGAUAAUCUUUUCGCUCUCACUGAGUAUGCCAUGAAACUCCGCAAACCAAUGAUAUAUGGUGCUACAAGCCAUGUUGAGAGGACGAAAAUUCUACAAGCAUUCAAAACUAGCAAAGACGUCAACACUGUUUUUCUUUCGAAGGUGGGUGACAACUCAAUUGAUAUUCCCGAAGCAAAUGUGAUAAUUCAAAUUUCUUCGCAUGCUGGUUCUAGGCGUCAAGAAGCCCAGCGUCUAGGUCGUAUUCUUAGGGCCAAGGGAAAGCUUCAGGAUAGGAUGGCAGGCGGUAAAGAAGAGUAUAAUGCAUUUUUUUAUUCCCUUGUCUCAACUGAUACCCAGGAGAUGUAUUACUCGACUAAAAGGCAACAAUUUUUAAUUGAUCAGGGUUAUAGCUUUAAGGUAAUUACAAGCUUGCCUCCACCUGAUGAAGGGCCGCGAUUAAGCUAUCAUCAUCUUGAUGAUCAACUUGCACUUCUUUCAAAGGUAUUGAGUGCUGGUGAUGAUGCAGUGGGGCUAGAACAGCUAGAAGAAGAUACAGAUGAAAUAGCUCUCCGCCAUGCCCGUCGUUCUCAAGGAUCAAUGAGUGCAAUGUCAGGUGCAAAGGGGAUGGUUUACAUGGAGUACAGUACUGGCAAAGGCAAAGCACCUGUUAAGAACAAGCCAAAAGACCCAUCAAAGAGACACCACUUAUUCAGAAAGCGAUUUGGUUGAAAUCGAAAUAGCUGAUGGAAUGGGAGAGAAGAUGGCGCUUAGGCAUGGAGCACUAAA